AUGGUCGCCUGCAAGAGGUUGAACAGGUUGAUCGUGAUCGUUCUCUCCUGGGUUGCGUUGUCUUCCGCUGCUCCAUCGGUGGAACAGGAUGCCUUGCCGAAGAUGGUGUUCGCCCACUUCAUCGUCGGCAAUACACGUCCCUAUAAUGUCGGGGACUGGGCUAGAGAUAUCGCCCUUGCUUCUUCGAAAGGGAUUGAUGCCUUUGCGCUCAACGUCGGCCGCGACGACUACGAGGCGUCCAGAGUGGCGGACGCGUACGCCGCCGCCAGUGGCACCAACUUCAAGCUGUUCAUGUCCUUCGAUAUGACGUCCUUGCCCUGCGGCGGAGGUGGGGACGCGGGGCCCCUUCGCGAUUAUAUCAACCGGUACGCGGCCCACCCCAGCCAGCUGCGGUUCGACGGCAAGAUCCUCGUUUCCACGUUCGGCGGGGAAUAUUGUUCGUUUGGUACAGGAAGUCUCAACCAGGGAUGGCAGAACGCCAUCAAGAACGGGAUGCCGCCUGUACAUUUCGUUCCGGCCUUCUUCCUUGAUCCAUCGUCGUUCGGUGGAUAUCCGGUAAUGGAUGGUGCAUUCAAUUGGAAUUCAGCCUGGCCGCAGGGAAAUUACGACACGAAUUUCGACUCUGACAACAAUCACAUUUCUCAUCUGGGAGGACGGUCGUACAUGGCAGCAUUCUCUCCUUGGUUCUUCACUCAUUAUGGCCCAGACACCUACAACAAGAACUUUAUAUUCCGCACUGACGACUGGCACUUUGUAAAGCGCUGGGAGAACCUCGUAGAGCAUCGCUCUUCGGUGGCUUUUGUUGAAGCGCUGACGUGGAAUGACUUUGGAGAGUCGCACUAUCUCGGUCCUUUACACGGUGACUUGUCGAGGUCUGACGAUUGGACGGCCGGCUAUGACCAUCAAGGCUGGCUCGACCUGCUCCAAUACUAUAUCCAGGCCUACAAGACGGGCGUGUACCCGUCGGUGUCCCAGGACAGGAUCUUCCUUUGGUCAAGGCUAUCUCCCGCCGGGGCCAAUGCCCCCGACAGAGUCGGAAAGCCCGAUCACUGGCAAUGGACUCAAGACAACCUCUGGGCUGUCGUUUUUCUGACGACGCCUGCCGAAGUGCAACUUGCUUGUGGUGCAUAUAUCCAAUCGACGACUCUUCCAGCCGGUGUAGGCAAGGCACAACUUCCCCUACAGCAAGAUUGUAGCGUGACGGCUACCAUCCUUCGCGGGGGGGUCAGCACGCUUCACUUUGCUCCCAAGGGUUUCGACUUCCGUACCAACCCGAGGAAUUACAACUUCAAUGCGUAUGUUGCGGCCAGUUGA